CUCGUGGGUUGCCCCCCCCACCACUCCGUGCAGGCUCCUUCAAGGGGAUGUGCAAGAAGAUCGAUCACCUCCCAGAGGACACGGAGAUGGAGGCCGACUCAGCCGAGUACCUGCUACGCGUGGUGCGAGCCUCCAGCGUUUUCCCCAUCCUCAGCGUGACCCUGCUGCUCUUCGGGGGGCUCAGCAUCGCCGCCAGUCGCUUCUACAAGUCCAAGAACAACGUCGUGCUCAGCGCCGGAAUAUUUUUCGUAUCGGCAGGCCUGAGCAACAUCAUCGGCAUCAUCGUCUACAUCUCGGCCAACGUGGGCGACCCCAACCAGAGCCAGUCGAAGAAGAACAGCUACUCGUACGGAUGGUCCUUCUACUUCGGCGCGCUCUCCUUCGUCGUCGCCGAAAUGGUCGGCGUCCUUGCCGUGCGCAUCUACAUCGACAACCACCGGCUGGAGCGGGCGCGCUUCCGCCCCGACUUCCUCAAGAGGUCCACCGUGGCGCGCCUGCCCAGCUACGUCUACCGCUACCGAAGGCGCUCUCGCUCGAGCUCACGCUCCAGCGACGAAGAAGGCGACGGCCCGGCCGCCACGGCCGCUCGCUCCGACGACGACGAUGACGACCGGAACGCCGCUCUCAAGGGCUACGUGACUCCCCCGCACCAUCCUCUCCAUCCUCCGCCGGUCGCGUUGACGCUGUCGCAUUCCCAGCAGCUGCAGCAACAGCAGCAGCAGUCCGCCAACGACAUGGCCAUGUACGCGCUCGCGAACAGGGACGGUGCGGGCAAGGGGGUCUUGGGACCCGCGUCAUACCUCAACUCGUCCGAGCGGCUGGCGGCUGAGGCCGGCUUCCUGCACGUCCACAACUGCGUCCACAAAGAGCUGCAGGAGGGCCUGCUGAGCAGCAGCCUGGCCAACAGGAGGACCACGCCGGUGUGAUCGUCCGCGGUGAUGAGAGUUGCUGGCGGCGAGCGGUGGCGUUGUUGGUUUUUUUGUUCUUUUGAGUCGCCCCCCCCCACACCCCCUGUAACUUCACGUUGCUGGGAGUGCCGCGGGGGGGGGACUGGGGGUGCCCCCCCCCCUUCACCUGCAACCUCUCUGUUGUCAAAUGCUCGAGCUGCAAGAUGGCCCGGUAGGACGGGGGCCCCCCAGGUCAUGUGACACCGUCACAGAGCUGAGCGGUCUGGAUCGUUAUUCAUUCAUCACCCCCCACCACCAAACUUUGAAAGCCCUCCCCUCUCUACCUCCCUCCCCCCUCCCUCCCCUCUCUCCCUCCCUCCUUUCCC